AUGGCUGAGUCAUCCCAGGAAAUAUCACCUAGUCUGGCUGAGGAGGUGCUCGGGGUGCAGGCCCCUGUGAACAACCAUGAUAUGGUCGCUAUUUCAUGCACAAUGUUUGGGACGACAAGGGAGCCAUCAGUGCCAUGGUUUCUCAUGGAUCUUUGUACCUGGAUGCCCCUGUCUGAAUUGAAACCUGCCGCUCGUGGCCAAGUGAAAGGCACAAUGGCAGAUCUCCACAAUGGCCCAGUCGCCACUACUCUAGGAGAAGCGGGUGCAGGGGCCACCGCUGUUCGAUGGGGUAAUUUGGACAACGUCAGUAGCGUCAUAAACAACCGCAUCCGGCUCUGGGAGAAGGCCCUUGGCGAGUUCUCCAUGAUAGAGGCAUGCAUCGCAUCUCACGCUUUUCCACUACGGGUGGCAUAG